AUGACAUCCAAGAAUGCAACUUCCUUUAUUGUGCUAUUUCUUUAUCUUUUACACUUGAUCGUUCCAUUCUGUGAAGCCACUACCUCCCCUGACAUUGUCUCUGCGCUUACAGACAUUGAUCAAGCUGUUACUGCAGGUCGACAACUUGCAUCCGAGCUAACCACCUAUGUCAACGUAGAGGAGAUCCGGUUAUCCAAACUUCGGCUCUUGAUCAAGCGUUUGGAGAGUGCCGUGCAGAUCCACUCUCCUCUGGAGCAAAAGCAUCUCGUGUCUCCCUCUUCGUCUGGCCCUUCGUCAGCUUCUGCCUCCCAGGAGGUUAUAUCCAAUCCAGUCUCAGCCUUUCUUACCAUACUUCAACUCGCCUCAAACUGGACCAGUGAGCUCUCCAAUCUCUUCGGUUUGCAGAAUGCCAACUCCACCUAUGACGUGAGUGAACGGAGCGGAAAAACUCCGAUAGCUGCUUUUCAGGAGUUUGAUUCGAAAAUGGGGCUGUAUUUGCGACUUAAGUGGUACGCCGACAUGCUUCCAGAUGACAACGACGUACUUGGGGCACUGAAUGCCAUCAUCCGACUUCAGCAGACCUACAAAAUACCAGCAGCUGAUAUUGCGGAGGGACGCAUUCUGUCCUCGUCACCAUCACCUCAACUUACAGGUGAACUUUGUAGCUUAUUAGAAAACUACUUGCAGUGCAUGCGUCUGGGAAUCUUUGCCUACGAGUUUGGCGAUUAUGGUUGUGCUGUGGAAUGGUACCGACUAGUACUGGAUCGCCUUGACCAGCAGGCCAAGAAUUCGCCCAACACUACGGAGAGUUCAAUCACCCACGUCAUGGUGUACGACCACCUCUCCUACGCACUUGGGAGGGUAGAUCCCACUUCACAAAAUGGGGCACUAAGCAAGGCAUUUUAUGAAAUGGAAUUGAAACGCUACAACGGUGAAGAUCCACCACACACUGAUGAUGAAAGUCCAAGAGCUGAGGAUUCGGAGGCUGCCAUAUUUGGCAAUUUGUGUAGGAGGGCGGACAUGGAAUUACCGCCGGAUCAUUAUCUCAGUUGUCACUACUCCACACCGCAUCCCUUCUUUCAACUGAGUCCAUUGAAGGAGGAGGUGAUGCAGUUGGAACCACCCAUACUACUGUGGCACGAUUUUGUGACUCAGAAUGAAGUUGAUCAAAUCAUUGAACUUGCCAAGCCUGGGCUCAAACGAGCGUUGGUUCGCAAUCCCAGCAGUGGAGCCUUGGAGCCUGCCCCCUAUCGGGUUACAAAAAAGUGCACUACCCUACUGAAUCCUUGCUGUAUGCUCUAUUUCAGUGUUUGGCUUUCUGAUGAUAUGAAUGCCUUGACAAGGCGUAUAAAUGACCGCAUUCGCAUGGCAACAGGUUUGAAUAUUGACCAUGGAGAGGAGUUGCAGGUUGCCAACUAUGGGCUGGGUGGAUAUUACGCUCCCCAUUACGACUACGCAAGGCGUUUCGAAUUGGACGAAUAUGACAGUGCUCAUGGCAAUCGCAUUGCAACUACAAUGAUUUAUCUAACACCGGUGGAGUUGGGUGGAGCAACGGCUUUUACAAAAACAAAUGCAGUGGUAAAACCAGUGCCUCGAGCCCUCGUUUUUUGGUACAAUCUGUUGCGCAGUGGUGAUGGCGACAUACGAUCCCGUCAUGGCGCCUGUCCAGUGUUGGUGGGCAGCAAGUGGGUGAUGAACAAGUGGAUACGUGCCGCUGGACAGGAGUUCACACGGCCCUGUUUACUUCAACGCGAACCCUUUAAUCCUCAAGACGAGUACACUGAUUCCUAA